AUGAAAGAGUACGCGGACAAGAGACGGAACGCCCGUGAAAACCUUAUAGUGGUUGGAGACCAAGUUCUUUUGAAGCAGAGCAAAGCAGAUGUUCUGACUCCAGCAUUUGACCCCCGACUCUUCUCAGUAAUAGGCGUGAAAGGAAGUAUGAUCACCGUGAAAAGGGGUACGGAGAUUAAAUCGCGGAAUUCAUCCCAUUGUAAGUUGCUGAAGCACGCGAGGGAGGAUGAGUACGUCGCUGUGGAUUUGGACCAAGGUCUGGAUGCAUCCCGCGCGGAAGAAACUGA